AUGGCGACCUGCCUGCGGCUGCGGAGCUGCCCGGCUCCGCACCUCCGGCGGGCACCUCCCAGCCGGGUCUGCCGCCCCCGUGCCGACUGCCCGGUGGCCCCGAUCCGCUGCUACGCCCGAGGCCCGGCGGGCCUCUCCUCGGCCCUACUGCGCACCGACGGCUUCGUGGGCGGCCUCUGGGUCUCGGCAGCCGCCACCUUCCCGGUGCACGACCCGGCCAGCGGCGCCGAGCUGGGCUUGGUGGCCGACUGCGGGGUGCCGGAGGCCCGCGCCGCCGUGCGCGCUGCCUACGAGGCUUUCUGCAGCUGGAGGGGGGUCUCGGCCAAGGAGAGGAGUUCUUUACUUCGCAAGUGGUAUGACUUAAUGACACAAAAUAAGGAUGACCUUGCCAAGAUAAUUACAGCUGAAAGUGGAAAGCCACUGAAGGAGGCACAGGGAGAAAUUCUCUAUUCUGCCAACUUCCUGGAGUGGUUUUCAGAGGAAGCCCGCCGUGUUUACGGAGACAUCAUCUCCACCCCAGCGAAAGAAAGGCGGGCUCUUGUCCUCAAGCAACCCCUCGGCGUGGCUGCCAUCAUCACCCCGUGGAAUUUCCCCAGCGCCAUGAUCACGCGGAAGGUGGGGGCCGCCCUGGCAGCCGGCUGCACGGUCGUGGUGAAACCUGCCGAGGACACGCCCUUCUCUGCCCUGGCCUUGGCGGAGCUUGCAAACCAGGCUGGAAUUCCCCCAGGUGUGUACAACGUGAUUCCUUGCUCUCAAAAGAAGGCCAAGGAAGUAGGGGAAGCACUUUGUACAGAUCCUCUCGUGUCUAAAAUUUCCUUUACUGGUUCGACAGCCACUGGAAAGGUCCUGUUGCACCACGCAGCAAACUCCGUGAAGAGGGUGUCCAUGGAGCUGGGUGGCCAUGCCCCGUUCAUCGUCUUCGACAGUGCCAACGUGGACCAGGCUGUUGCCGGGGCCAUGGCCUCCAAAUUUAGGAACUCUGGACAGACUUGUGUUUGCUCCAACCGUUUCUUGGUGCAAAGCGGUAUCCACGACUCCUUUGUGAAAAAAUUUGCUGAGGCAAUUAAAACAAACCUGCAUGUGGGUAAUGGAUUUGAAGAGAGAACUACUCAAGGCCCAUUAAUUAAUGCAAAAGCGGUAGAAAAGGUAGAGAAACACGUGAGUGAUGCCAUUUCCAAAGGGGCCACCGUUGUGACAGGUGGGAAGCGACACCACGUUGGGGAAAAUUUCUUCGAGCCCACCCUGCUCAGCAACGUCACCCGAGACAUGCUCUGCUCUCAGGAAGAGACUUUUGGGCCUGUGGCGCCUGUUAUCAAGUUCAACACAGAGGAGGAGGCGGUGGCGAUCGCUAACGCGGCCGACGUCGGGCUGGCAGGUUAUUUUUACUCUCAAGACCUGGCCCAGAUCUGGAGGGUGGCGGAGCGGCUGGAAGUCGGCAUGGUUGGUGUUAAUGAAGGACUCAUCUCCUCCGUGGAGUGCCCUUUCGGCGGGGUGAAGCAGUCCGGCCUUGGGCGAGAGGGCUCCAAGUAUGGCAUCGACGAAUAUCUGGAGCUCAAGUACGUGUGCUUCGGAGGCUUAUAGAAUUCUUCAGAAAAUAAAAAGGGAGGCUUACCUAUGUAUGGGGACGUGCCAUCCAUUAUUUUAAAUAAACCCAUAGGGUAGGUGAACUAGGAAUUAAAAAAAAAAAAUCAUCCAAUCCUUUUAAGCAGAUACAAAUCCUACCCCUCCCCUUAGCUGAUGUGGGACCAAUACAUGCCACAAGCCUGUGGCCACAGAUCCCUGAGAACCAGCAGUGGGUUUAUAGGAUGAGGCCCCGGAUCGCCAGCCGCCACACCCCCACCCACGACCUCAUCUGCCACAGAGCAAGGUGCAACAAGCUGGUCCUGCAGCCCCCUCACCACAGUGGGACCACAGCCUGGGCAAUGACGUAGCCAGCACCCACGUGGCUCUGGAGCUAAGACCCAGGGGGCUGCGGGGGACACCUCUGAGCGUGACUGACAGGCUGGGCAGGAUGCCGCUGCAUGCCUGGGGACCCCCCAGCCGGGUAUUCGGAGGUGUUGCUGCAGCGGCUGAAUCAGCAUUUUUGUUUUUGUUUUUUAAGAACUUUAGACACAGCACAGAAUUGCCUGAAUUCCUUUGACAAAUUAAAGAACCCCGCUCUUUUUUUUGACUAGUUUUUAAACUGAAGGCUCCAUCAUCCUCAACUGCUUAGAGAUUCUGUGUUCACUUCUGUGCUGUUUUUCCACAUCAUGUUUCUGAGAGAAAUAAGCAGAAAGCCGAGCAAGGCAGCAGCAGCUUAGCGGGAGCCUGGCAGGGCUUUGUCUGCACAGACAUGCCAGUCUAUCCCCCACACCCACCCCUCAGUGCAGUGGAGAUUCUGUUCAUGCCUUACUUAGCUCCAUGGGAUACUGUGAACGUAAGAGAAAGCAAACAUAUAAUAUUUGCCAAAAAGUGAAAAUUCGAUGUUAAGUGCGGGAGUCAGCAUUAUUAUGGGAAGCACCUCCCAGCCCGGCUUGGGUCUCCAGCAGUGGCUCUGCCAAGGUGAGGGGAGGCUGGUACCCACCUGCUCGGCCCCUGAGCCCCAGGGAGGGCUGGUCUCCCACAGCCUGCUCUUUAGGAGAUGCUGCUCCUUCACCUGCAGAGAGACAGCAAAGGCACUUUGAGCACAAUGAUCUCCAAAGGGAAAAGAAGUUCCAUAGUUGCCAGGUGGAAGAGGCACUUUUUAUCCAAUGAGUUUUUAUAGUUCUUUUAAAAACAAAAAGCCCAAUGAUCACUGUUUCCUGUUGCUCUGAAAGAAAAACUCUGAUUGAGAAAACCGUGUCUAAACGUCCUGAUAUAUGAGGAAAGGGGAGGCCGGUCCUGGUGGAAGAGACAGGGAUGAAGCUCCCCCUUCCCACUGUGUGUGCGCGCACACUCCACUGACAUCCUCUGGAUUUGGGGAGCGGAAGGAAAAUAUGAAUAAAAGGAGUACUGGAGGCAGUUGCUCCUGGACCAGCCAGGACAGAGCACCCCUCACUGAGCCAUGGGGAGCCGAAGAGCUAAAGGUCUGAGAUGUCUCUGUGUACAGAGGUACCACGGCCAGUCCCGGAGCUGGCCUCUGUUUGCCCUGGGUUACAUCCACCAUCCCCCCUGAGGCCCAGCUAAGGAAUCAGCUGAAGUCCACCUCCUGGUGACGGGCACUGCUCAGACCCUGUCCACAGUCACAUACACAUCAUAUUGACAGUGAAUUUGCACUUACCAGUUCUGGGGUUGUUUCAUGUAACAUUUUAAUUACUUAAUGUUUGGAUGUGUCCAUCUGUUCUCUAUUAACAAUAAAAAUGCUCUAAAUAGUUUUUAGAAGUCCAGAAUACUAGUGCUUGAAAUGUUUGGGGGAAUACAUCCAAAUACGUUUGUAACUUUGUAACUCAGUAGCUGCUUUGGCUUGAUGGCAGAUUUUCAGUUUUCUAGUAUAUCUGUUUGACCAGGUACAUAAAUUGAGGGCCAGAGACUCACUGCAAUAUCCUUGAUUAUUUUUUGAAUUAAAAUAAUUUGAAAAGGAAAUAGCCUACUGUUUAGUAAAAUUGAUCUGGAUUGUGGGGAAAGAUGUAUUUUUUAAAUGAACAUUUUUGGGGGUUAUUGUUCAGUAAGGUGAUCGAUGUGUGAUGGAAUAUGUGAUGGAUUUGUUAAAAAUGUGUGUUUUAACGUGAAAUAGAAAAGGAUCAUUAGACCAGGGGUUGGCUCACAAGCCAAAUGUGGCCUGCUGUCUGCUUUUGUACAACCCAGAGCUAAGAAUGGUUUUUAUAUUCCCAAAUGGUUAGGGGAGGAAAAAAAUCAAAAGAAUAGUAUUUCAUGACACAUGAAAAUUUUCUGAAAUUCAGAUAUCAGUGUCCAUAACUCUUUGCUAUCCCAUGGACUAUAGUCUGCCAGGCUCCUCUGUCCAUGGAAUUCUCCAGGCAUUACUGGAGUGGAUAGCCAUUCCCUUCUCCAGGGGAUCUUCCCAACCCAGGGAUCGAACCUGGGUCUCCUGCACUGCAGGAGGUUCAUUACCAUCUGACGCACCAGGGAAGCCCCAAAUAAAAUGUUAUUGGAACCCAGCCACACCCAUUCAUUUACCAUAUGAUCUGUGGCUACCUUCUAGGCAGAGUUGAGUAUCUGUACCACAGUUUUUUACAGAAAUAGUUGGCCAACCUCUGAUCUAAACCAAGAGGAAGAUAUUGACUUUCCCAAGUUUAUGAGGCAUUAUUUCAUUUUAUUGACCACCUACUGUGUAAAAAGUACUUUUCCAGGCCUUGCUCCAGUGAAUUCUCACCAAGAAUUUUCCAGCAAUCGUCACAUAACUCAUACGAAAUCACCCAGAUAAUGGGAGUCUGUUGGUCUUGAGAAAACACUUCUCAGUUUACUUUCCCCAGCUAUGCAGGGAUUCUCAUUUUAAACCUCCUCUGUACCUGUUAUCUUUAUCCAUUUGAGUAGCUUUUAAAUAUAAUUUUAUAUCAAGUGUUGGCUCAUCUACCUUUAAUUUUUAUGGAAAGACUUUGUGAAAAACCAGAAGCGCAAUGCAGAUAAAUCUGUUUUAUUGUAAACUUAGAUCAUUAACUUUAAACUGUGCCACAUGACUGCCUUCUCUGCAGGCUGAAGCCCAGGGCUUUAAUUAUUCAUAUGUGGCUAUGAUAGAUAGCAUUUUACUUGAAUAAUAUUUACACUGUGGUUUUCUUUCAUGCUCUAUUUUGUGGGAUAAAACUUGGGGAUAAGUGUAGUUGGAACUGUGAAAACAUUUUGUUUUUUAAAAAUGUACAUGUAAUUCACUUUCCAGUUUCUGAUAACUGUGUAUGUAUGUCAAUGCAGCAGAGUUGUGUGUGUGUGAUUAAUAAAGGUUGAAUUAAGAGAA